AUGAGCCUCGUCCGGGAUGAACAGAGCCCGGCCAACCAGGUUGCCGAGUUGCGAGCGGGCUACUAUGGCCUGAUAAAUGCGCUCGACAUACAAGAAGCCAGAGUGCAGGGCACAAAGCUUACACAGGUCGUCAUCAAGGCCGACUCGGAAUAUCUGGUCAAGGGCAUGACCGAGUGGGUCCUUCGGUGGGAGAAGAACGGGUGUCGAACGGCAAAGGGCACACCGGUGGUCAACGCCGACCUUUUCCGGCUUCUGCUACGCUUGGUUUCUCAGUUGAACGACCGAGGCGUCGAGGUCCUCUUCUGCCACGUGAAGAGGAGGGACAACACGGAAGCGGAUGACUGUGCGGACAGAGCACUGGACAGGGUCAAGCAAGGCCACCCUUCUUAG